GUGUGCGCGCGCGCGCGUUGUGAGAGACUCCGUGAGAAAUCGUUGGUUUAUGUGCCGUCUCACACUGGUCUCACUCCGAAUCUGUGAAGCGUUCAACGCGUCGUAACAAAGGCCCUGUUUGUGAUAGGUAAUCUUUUUUUUGACACCAGCCAAGAUGGCGGAGCGACCUGAAGAUCUCAACUUGCCUCUGUCUGUUGUUACGCGUAUCGUCAAAGAUGCCCUUCCCGAUGGCGUCAAUGUUUCGAAGGAAGCUCGGGCAGCUUUGGCUAAAGCGGCGAGCGUGUUUGUCCUCUACACCACUUCGUGUGCCAACAACUUCGCGUUGAAAGGCAAAAGGAAAACUGUGACCGGCUCCGAUAUCAUAUCGGCGAUGGAAGAGAUGGAGUUUGAGAGUUUCAUCGACACACUCAGUGGGAAUCUGGAGCAGUUCCGCCAAGGCAAGACGAAAAAGGAUGCGAAUCGAGCCAAGAAGCACCAAGAUGCUAGUGACGUGGUCUCCGCUGGCGACGCCGAGAUGGUAGACGACGGCGAAGUCGAUCCAGGUGACGAAGAUGCGAGCUGAAAGUGGAAGACUGAAAUCACGCAGUUGUUCGAUGCAUGUUGACCGUGCGGCGCCCACGCUCGGAGCAGCUUUGUUGUUCCGGCUGCAAAUCUUGCUGCCGACUGGCAUUCAUCUCCGCUCGUGCCGUGGUUAAGCUGCAAGUGAUUUAUGUAUGCAAGUUGAUUAUGUCAUCUUGUGCUUGUCAGUCGCUGUUGUCGUUAGCACUGUUGCCCCCAAUUUUUUUAGAAAAAGCAGCGACGCGGGGUACCUAGACCUCAUUAACAGCGCCUUAAUUGUUGGCUGUAACUUGGAAGCCUGCGUGUUGUGUCUGGUUGCUGUAUUUGGACUAUGUGCUGUGGGCUUGUUGGUCUAGAUCUUAAAUAAAUUCACG